ACUAUGUACGCCCACGCACAACUCACUUUCCAGCCACGCCCGACAUGGCAGCGUUGAUAAGAGGAGUAAGAAACUUGUUGCCAAGGGGUCUAGUAGUGGCAAGAUGCGCUUCUUCAUCAGCAGAAUUCAGUAUUCCGGAAUACAAACUCCAUAAGCUCGAUUCGGGUCCUUCUACGACGACUACAAUAACAAGAGAUGAGCUUAAGAAGCUGUUUUAUGAUAUGACCGUGAUAAGAGAAAUGGAGAUGGAAGCCAAGAACCUUUAUCAGCAGAAAAUCAUAAAAGGAUUCUGUCACCUCUACAUUGGACAAGAAGCUUGUGCUGUCGGUAUGGAGGCAUCCAUCACCAAAGAUGAUCCUGUUAUCACUGCCUAUCGUGCCCACAGCUGGGCAUACACCAGAGGAAUAGAGCCCUUUGGAAUACUGGCAGAGUUAACUGGUAAGAAGUCAGGCUGUGCCAAAGGAAAAGGUGGUUCGAUGCACAUGUAUGCUCCAAAUUUUUAUGGCGGGAACGGUAUUGUGGGAGCUCAGGUGCCAUUGGGGGCUGGGAUUGCAUUCGAAUUGAAA